UUUCUCCCUCAUAAAGAAUCCAUCAAAUCUCUUUAUUGAAUUGCACGAGGAUAGAAGAAAGGCUGCAUAGAUUGCAGUAUUUGCUACUUGAUUAAUCUAUACUUACUUCACUCUACUAGCGAGAGUUUCAUAUUUAAGUCAGUAAAGCACAUUUAUUCGAAGUCUUUUUCAAGACGUUUGAACGAAGUGUUGAAGGAUUUAUUUCGCAUUGGAUAUCGGAGUAGCAAAGCUGCCGAUAUGGACUAGCUCGUAUUUAAGAGACCGUAGUGGCGUAGAGAUUUGAGUUUUGGAUGGUAAUCAAGGAGAAGUUUGACAUAGAAAUUCGAGAGAAAUUUGUUAGCUUAAUGAUUUUUUAAGAAGUAUUUAUGUGUACUUAAGAGUUUGUGUAAUGAAAGCAAUAUCGUAUUGUAAACUAACUUCCUUUAGCAUUUUCUUUUUAAAAGCUUAAAGGUCAGAUGAUAGCAUAAUAUGUAAUAAUAUGUCGAAAUAAUAAUGCGGCAUUUGUUUAGUCAAAUAUAAAUUACACUCUAAAUAGAUUUAAAAAUUAAAUAGCUAAACUUUAAAAAUUCAAUAGUAUAUAUGAACAAUGAAGUGCGUGGAUUUACUCUUUGGAACAUUUCUGCACUUAAUUUUGAUUGAAGCACAUUCUUACAGAACAAAUGAGAAUAGAGAUACCUCGGCGAUGAUAAAGAAAUUCCCAUACAUAAUUCUGAAAUGCAACGAGAGUAUAAGCAGUAAGGACAGAAAGAAUGGAACUAUUACAAGUAUUGACUAUCCGAACUCUUACUCCUCCGGUAUUAUAUGCCAUUAUAUAUUCAAUGCAGAGGGUCAAGAAAGAAUACAGUUAAAAUUUACAGAUGUAGACCUUUAUUAUUCAGCUGGAGAUCCAGAUGACCCGUUUGGUUGCCCAAGUCAGGAUAGUAUUACAGUGUACACCUACGAAGAUGAUGAAGAGCAACAGCUGGAGCAGUUCUGUGGAAAGAAGCACCCAACACAAUUAAUGUCCAGCGGUCAGAAGAUGAAGGUCGUCUUUAGAAGUCAAAACACUCAAAAAGACAGUAACUCAGGUUUUAGAAUGGAAUUCAGUUUUAGGACAGAUUUUGGAGUACAAGGAGGAGGUAUACAGGACGACAGAGGAGUCUGCACUUUCAUGUUUCGCAGUACAUUACAUACUACUGGGUUUUUCACGUCCCCGAAUUACGGGGGUCCAUAUCCUAGAAAUACGAUGUGCCAAUAUAUUUUCACUGGCAGACUAAAAGAGACGGUCGAGAUCGAAUUUCCAGAAUUCUAUGUAGAUGGAAUAAUUCCAAGGUGUGAUAACCCAACUGACAGCGAUUAUGUUGAGUUUUCUAACUUUCUCGACACACGAGACAGGAAAUUGCCGCGUUACUGUGGCAACCGACCACAGUAUGAUCCAGUCACCUCUGAUGCUGCAUUUUUCCGUGUCACGUUCAAAUCAAACAACAAGUUUGAUGCAACUGGGUUCAAAGGGACCUACAAAUUCAAAAAAGGAUCGUCAGAUCCGGACAAACCUACGACAUUAAGUGCGACACCACGAAACGAUCGCCUUAAUACUGGUUCAAGGAUACAAACCCAUGUACUCGUUACCACAUGUACAAUCAUUUUAUUCUACAAGUCUGUGAUAGAUCAUUUACUCAACGUUUUCUGACUUCAACACUUACCAAGUGUGCAUAAUGGAGGACGAUGGCGCACUGAAACAGUCUCUUUAUGCAAGGGCGAAGUUCAUGCUGGUGGUGAAUGGGAACAAAAACAAAUUAAAGGGAGCCAAUGAUAGACAUUCCUGAACUGAUGUAUGCAGUUUAAACUCACGAUAUACAUAUCACAGUGUCUUAAAAUUGUUGGUUGUCGUGAUAGGUAUUUCAUACAAAACUGCCAUUGCAUGACAUAUAUGCAUGAAAUAAAAAGAAUCAAAAAUAGUCGUGACAGUUAAGUGCAUUGUGACAAACGAUGUCCAUGAAAAGGCUUGAUAGGAAUUGCAUACUUCUCUUGUAAAUAAGUCAUUACUUUCGGGACAUUUGGAUCUAUUGACUUAUACUGCAUACACAUUUGAUCAUUCUCAUACAAGUAUCAGCAACGUACACACUUCUUCAUGAUUAAUGGUACAGAAUUAUCCAUAUUUUCUACCGUGUCUUGUCAUUAGUACGUUAUAAGUAAAAUUAUAUUAUCUUAUAAUUUGUAAAUAUAGAAUACUCAAUUAAUUACAAGAAAACAUUAAUAUUCAAACAUUCUUUUACUUUACUUAUAUUUCUAUGGAAAGUUGAUGCCACACUCGGAUUUGCUAAGAAAUUGAGGAAAACAACUUAGUGAAAAAACCCGCCAAUAUCGAUUGUUAAUUAUUUGAUGUACACAAAAUAAAUAUAACAACGCAAGACUAUCAAUGCAGAUUUUUCUAUAUAAUGUGUUUAUGGAACAUGGGCUAUAUAUACCGCAUUAUAUUAAAUGUAAUCUGGUGUGCGCCCUAUAAAUUUCCUUGAGUCAAGUUUAGGAUGAAUGUUAAUGUAUUCAUGGGAAGUUGUUUUAUGUAUGUUAUAUUGAAUAUUUAUAUAAUUAGUGACAUACAUUAAGUCAAUAAUUUUAUAAAUGUAAAUAAAGGAAUCGACAAUAUUUACAUUUUAAAUAUAUAACGGGUGAAAGAAUGUUUUAAAGUAAAUGUAUUUAAUUGUGAAGUUCUAUAAUAUUUAUUAAAACUUGAUGUUGAUUUUAAACCAACCGACUGUAAAUCUAUUUUCAAAUUAUAUGCAUUGAUCAAUGAUUUUAGAUUAGAUAUAAAUGUUCAAAUAGUACGACAGGCAAUGGAGAAUUUCAGUCUGAGAAAAGGGAGGGUAUCUCUUAAAAUUGUUACAAGUUAUUAUUAUAGAAAGGCCUAAAAUAUGCUAUUUUUCGGAAAUACUUUAAACGUUUCCGAAUCACAAUUUUUAUUAUACUGUAUUGUAAACGUGCAUGUUUUUCACUUAUUAUGAUUGAGAAAAAAAAAACACUUAUUAUAUUUGCUUUAAUUGAACUUAUAAUUGCAUUACCCAUGUUGGUCGGACCUCUUGUUCGUUCGAAAAAAUACUGACAGAUUUAUUAUGAAAUAAAAAUAUCCCUGUCUUGAAACAUAUGCAAUAUGAUCUCAAGAAGAACUGGGAUUUCAAAUUUCUGAGGGCUUAUGAUGAUAUUAAUGCAUCCAAAAUGUGCUUUAUCGUUAUUAUUGCAUAAUAGUUAACAACUUCUACAAAAACCAAACACAGUUUUAGACAUGCAUUUGCCAUGCUAGUAUGAUAUUGUUUGACAGAUUUUUAUUAAAAUGAAAAUAUAGGAGUAUUUAUCUCAGUAAUAUUUUACAUGGCACCCUUAGUCAUGCAUAUUAAAAACGUGCAAGAAUGUCACGUGCUCGAAAAAUAUGAAUGCAAUAAUUCACAAUUGAAAAAGAAAGAUACCAAUACGCUAAAAUGUUCAUUUCACGUUAACACUUCUUUAACGCCAGAUCUUCUUUGUGCAUAAAUAAAGAGUUGUUAUUUACAGUUUACUGUAUGCAUUAUUUCAUGAAACAUUGCAGUAUACAAUGAAUUAUAAAAAAGCUUAUUAUGUUACAUUCCGUCUGGUUCUUCCUCAGUAACUUGUAGGUCAGUUUUUUUUUUUCUAUUAAGUCAUUUGUAACUCAAGCAUUGGAACGGUCACAUGCUAAUUUGCAAGGCGAUUGUUCACUGUCUGGCUUUUUGUUUGUAAAUUAAUUGUUCAUUUGUUAUAGAAUUUAUAAUUGAAUGUUUGAAUUUAUUGCAUUCUGUUUGAAAGUGAAGUAUUUUAAAGAAAACGUGUAAAGUUUUUUUCUAUCCAAUGAUAAUACUUAUUGAAUAUACAUUUCUAUUACAUUUUAUAUUAAUUAAAAGAUUUUAAAAAUAAUGCUGUGUCUGUAUAGCAUUUGUAUGAUAGUGGUCGUGUUGUAUGAUAGUGGUCGUGUUGUAUGAUAGUGGUCGUGUUGGCGAGGUGCAACACGAUACAUAUGUUUUAUGCAAAUGAUAAAUAUGUUCAUAUUGUCAUUACAAAUGCGUUCAGCUUUAGUUAUUUCUAUGUCUCUAUAUUUCUGGGUAAUUUUCUUUCAGUCAUGAACAUUUAAGUUGUUUCAUUGUAAAUAUUAACAAUGACUGAUUGCUAUGCUAGUAUAUGUUAUUGUUUCAUAUGACUUUAUUUAAUGUAUGGUGUAUGAGUUUUAUUAAAUUAUAAUAAAAAGGUA